AUGGGGAGUGCAGGGAGUGGUGCAGCCGGUUCUGCUGCUCGCUGUGUCACCCCUGAUCACCGCACCCCUCCUCACCUGGCCACGGCCCCGAUAUUUAAUGGGCACCCACCAGCCCGGGAGACCUGUGCCAAGGACGUCAAUCGGGUUGCUGCUGGUGGCUGUGCUUACAGAGAGUGCUGCCAGUAUCACCUCCGCUGGGAGCUUCUCUGCAGGUCAGCUCACAAAGGAUGUGGAACCCCAACUCAGGUACUCCAGGAGGGGUGCCACCACCCCAGGUCCAAGUUUGCCCUCCAGCCCCUCAGGGAUACCCUGGUCCUGGCACACCCGGGGCCUACCCCUCAGCUGGUUACCCCGGUGGCCCUUCUCCCUAUCCUCCAGGACAUCACCCCCCUGGGCCCCCACCACCGGGACAUCACCCCCCUGGGCACCCACCACCGGGACAUCACCCCCCUGGGCACCCACCACCGGGACAUCACCCCCAUGGGCACCCACCGCCGGGACAUCACCCCCCUGGGCCCCCACCACCGGGACAUCACCCCCACGGGCACCCACCGCCAUGCCCCCCUCACUGCCAUAAGAAGCACAAGGAGAAGCAUCAUAAGAAGGACAAGAAGCACUCCAAGCACCAUGGAGGCAAGCACUCAAGCAGCUCAAGCAGCAGUUCUGACUCUGACUGAGGAGGAUGUCUUCCACCCACAUGGCCAUGAAGUGACGAACCAUGAAGACGAACGUGCUGUGGGAGCUAUACACUUGUUGCUUCAUGCCUUUUCCUUUGCUCUGAGCACAGCAUUUCACCUGCCAAAUGGUUUUCUUGCUUUUAGCUGGCAAAUUCCUUGAUCUGGGAAUCACUGUAAGUUGAUGGGCAGCACCCCUGUCUGCUUGUCUUUCUGGAGAGUCCACUAAAAGCUAUCCCCAAGGCUGCAGGCCUUGGUUGGUGUGCA